AUGGUUUCUGGUAUUGAUGAUGCUGUGCUGACUGUUGAGCCCAACUGGUCGACUUUUUAUUCUGGGGAGUUUGUUACUUUCACCUGUGACAGGAAUGAAGCAGAAGCCACUGACUGGGAAUAUCGGCUGAACAGGGAUAAUGAACCAUAUCUGUCCAUCAACCCAGAUAAAAGCAUCACACUUGAACCUCUGCAGCAUAGUGGUGAAUUUCAGUGCUGUGGACGCAGGAGGAGCUCAAAUAAAACAAAGUGCAGUAAUACCGUCACUGUUUCAGGUAAGAAUGAGGGAAGAGGGGAGCGGGAGAUCGAGAGGCGGAUUGCGGCAGCGUCUGCCGUUUCCAACAAGGUUGUUGUGACUCGACAACCAAACCGGCCUCUUGUCUUCAGUGGUGAGACGAUCACUCUGACAUGUGGGGUCCAGGGAGGAGAAACCACUGAGUGGAAGUGUGACUGGAAGAGAGAUGGAUCACUUAUACACAAGACAAACAGUAAAGACUGGACUUUCAUUGUCUCUAAGGCAAGAAGUCGAAACUACAUGUGUCGGUGUAUAAAGAGAGAUGACUGGUUUUCUUCAACACAGUGGAGUGAAGCCGUCACUCUGUCUGUAUCAGGGGGCGUCCAGGAGCGCUUAAACUUUUGCUGA